UCUGAAGGCGAGCUGUGCAAGACGCCCAAAGUAGACACCACGCGACGCUGCUGCUUUGCUGCUGCAAAUCGAAGAAAAACAAUGGAUGCGGUCAUCGCUGAAAUGGAACAUGAACCACCUUCAGAGACAAAGCUGAGUUUGAUUGAUUUGCUCUGCAUUGGAGUGGGCUCCACGGUGGGCUCUGGUGUUUUCGUCCUCACAGGGGAUGUACUACCUGUUGCAGGUCCUUCAGCUAGUUUGAGUUGGAUUUUCGCUGGUGCGGCCUGUCUCCUGAGCGGCUUCGCAUACAUGGAGCUCUCAGCAAGACUUCCCACCAGAGGCUCCUGCUACACAUUUUCUUAUCACGGCCUUGGAGAGCUCUGGGCUGUCAUAGGUGCAUUCUGCAUCACUCUGGAGUAUGGAGUCUCAGGUGCAGGUGUGGCAAGGAAUUGGUCCAGGAAGAUGGGCAACUUUCUAGGUGAGGACUACAAACACGUGGUCUUCUUUUACUUCGGAAAGGGCACUUGGGCAGCGAAUGCCACUGCCGCGGAAUUGGAUGAUCCAUAUGCCAGGACUGACCACAAUUACAUGGACUUGUCUGCUGCUUUCCUGACUGCGGGUUGCACAUUGCUUUUGAUGGGCGGCUUAUCUCUGAGCAAAGCCGUGGUGAACCUCAUGACUUUGAUGAAAGUCCUCCUCGUG